CCUCCGAGUUUCCGACUUCACUUCCCCUUCCUCUCGUUUUCCGGUUGAAUCUCGACGAGAUAGGGAGAGAAAUGGCGGCGGAGGAUGAUAACGGUGAGUUUUAUCUCCGGUACUAUGUCGGGCAUAAGGGAAAGUUUGGCCAUGAGUUUUUGGAGUUCGAGUUCAGGCCGGACGGCAAGCUCCGGUAUGCUAACAACUCCAACUACAAAAACGACACCAUGAUCCGUAAGGAGGUCUUCCUCACCCCCGCCGUUCUCAAGGAAUGUCGACGCAUCAUCUCCGAGAGCGAGAUCAUGAAGGAAGAUGAUAACAACUGGCCAGAACCUGACCGUGUUGGGCGGCAGGAGCUUGAGAUUGUCAUGGGGAAUGAGCAUAUCUCCUUUACUACUUCAAAGAUUGGAUCACUUGUUGAUGUCCAAAGCAGUAAGGAUCCCGAAGGGCUUCGCAUAUUUUACUAUCUUGUUCAGGACUUGAAGUGCUUCGUAUUCUCACUUAUCUCACUCCACUUCAAGAUCAAGCCUAUUUAGAGGAUGGUCAAAUCUGCUCUACUUUGGUGUUCCAAGGGUGUUACUGCUUUUAUUAAUUAUUAGAUCAAGCUGUGUAGGAUUGUAACAAAGGAUUUUUCCCUUCCCCUUUUAUGGCACGGUCAUCUUAAUCUGGACAUGUCGCAUUCGAGUGGUUUACAUGAAUUUUGGUAACAUCAAAUGAGGGAAAUUCAUAAUGUGAGAGCUUUCAAGAUCUUCUAGCAUGUCUCCUUGUCACUUGUUAUUAUUAAGGUAUUUUGGAUGUAGUAACAUUUGAAAUUUUCUGAGCUGAAUUUUCAUGGGACUGAGAAAGACAUUGCCAAUGUACAUACAUACAAUAAUUUGUUCUUAUAGUAACAUAAGGUAACAAAACCAUCCUUCCUACAAUCAACGUUAUGCUCAACUAUGAUGUAAUGCAGACUUGAACAUCAUGAAUUAGUACCUGAAAAAACCCCAAGUUCCUUACAGGCGCUGUGUAUCUGAUUGAGUGUAAUAGACCUCAGAGAAGGGUCAUGUAAGGAUGAGAGGUCUGCAAUUGGAAGGGUGGUAGUGAGGUCAAGAGUAGGGUUUGGGCAUUGUGAAGGAGGAAGGACAUAACGUCAGGGCACCUGAGACACAUCAAACUUGUUCCAAUGUAUUGGAAGAAAAAAAAAGGCAUUGUGAUCUCCGGUGGCUUUUCCUCAUAAAUGCUGGCUUCGUUUUGUAUGAUCUAAAAAGAGUUCAAAUGCAUGUCAAAGUCCAGAUUAGAGGUUGGAACAGACUUCCUCCGCCAGCAGACCUGAAUCAGUAUGCCAAACAUGGUUGAUAUACAGAUUGCAUGGGUGAUUUUCAUUGGCCAUUACCGAACCUCCGGCAUCAUACACCACCAAGAUGCCCCCUUUUUGAAUAAAGAAGCAGUAGAAAACAAACCCAAGUGGUUUGAAAUCUGACAAAAGCAAAAAACGCAAUAUUCUGACUUUAUGAUAAUGUGGUGCGGUUAAAAAAAAGUAUUGUGAAAA